CAAUGUUAAACUCAAGACGCCAAAUCAUGUUACUGCUUAAACUUUGUUGAUAAGAAACGUUUGCCCUUUUCUCCAGUGGGGGGGAGGUGGCCCCUCAGAAAGUGGUGCACGGCCCUGGCGGGGACCCUCCUCAGACGCGCAGGAUGCUGGGAGGGGCUCGCGGCUCCGUGUUAAAUCCACACGUGGUCGGACCGUGGAGCUUGUUUGGCUCCGCAGACUCUGCUGGAAACUUCUGACCGACUCAUGCCAGCGAGUGUCCCUGCUCGUCGGUCUAUCACUGCGGGGACAGACGGGACCGGACCCGGCUUCACGAACCCAGCGCCAUGCCAUCUUUCCCCAAACUCGAGCAGCUGUCCGACCUGGAGCAGAUGAUGUGCGAGCAGUUACUCAGUCUGGACCUGAUGGAGCCCAACAGGCCGCCACCGUCCCUCAGCCUGGAGAUGAGAACACCAGGCUACAUUGGUCAGCCGCGCAGCAACACAUCGUUUUCCCUCUCGUCUCUCUCCUCUCCCACUGAUCUUUCAGAGAGUGUAUUUCUGCCCUCCAGCCAAUGGGGGCAGCAGUCAGAAAGCCCACCGCCCUCCCAGAUGGCUAAUUCCUCCCAGUGGGGGAAGUCGGCCUUUCUUGCCCUGCGCUCUGUCAGCAUGGUGGAGACCAGCAGCACCACAGCAGCAAGUCUAGGCUGGCCCGGGACAGACUUCCAGCACUCCCAAAGUGACAGCCCCACUGCACUGAGCACUAGCUCCUCCCUGUCCACUUCAUCUCUCUCCACUUCCUCUUCCUCCUCACGCUAUAAGACUGAACUGUGUCGCUCUUUCACGGAGAGUGGGUUGUGCAAGUAUGGCGGCAAGUGCCAGUUUGCCCAUGGGCAAGAUGAGCUGCGAGAUCUCAACAGACAUCCAAAAUACAAAACUGAGCCAUGUCGUACGUUUCACACCAUCGGCUUCUGCCCCUACGGGAUCCGCUGCCACUUUGUCCACAACGGUGAUGAAGAAGAGGAGCAGCAGUCCUUCUCUCGUUCAACCUCUUGCUCCUCAAGCAUUCCUCAGCAGCCACUUAGCUCCUCUCGCAUGCACAGGCCCCCUCUGGUUAGACAGAGCUUCAGCUUUGCUGGGUUUCCCUCUCCUCAACAAGCCCUUCAGCACACACUAGCUGAUCAUCCCCCUUUGGCCGCCUCCUCAUUCAGACCUGCUCCCCCGGCGUCUCCUCCUUCCUGUGCCGAUAUUACUGACCUCCUCUGCCACGCCUUCCUGGAGAUGGACUCUGCCUUUGAGGCCUCACCUGCUGACAAGUUCCAAACCCUCAUGGGCCCAGCCAUCACAGCAGAUCCCCAGUCUCCAUUCCUCCCUUCCCCUGACUCCGGCUGCUCUCCCUGUGGGCCCUCACCAACUGACUCCCCUUCCCUGAGACAGAGUCCUGACGCUCCUGGGGUCUUUUCACGCCCACUGGGCGCCCGCUCCCUGUCCUACACCUCUCUGUCUGACCAGGACCAAGAUGGGAGCAGCUCUGCUAGCUCGCUCAGCGGCUCUGAAUCCAGCAGUGGCAACAACGAAAGCAAUGCCCGACGUCUGGCAGUAUUCAGUCAGCUCUCUGUUCCUGAUGAUCCUGCUGAGGUCUGCCUUUAGGCUGCAGUGUGCGGGAAUCACAAACAUUUACACUGACAUACAUUCAGACACAGACAUGAUGUCCCCAUUGGACACAAUACAUACAGCACACACAUGGUGCUGAUAAGUUUUACACAUAAAUCAACAUUCCCCUUUCACACACUGCCACUGGACUGACGCAACGUUCUUUGCACCGUUGUGGCCUUGAAUGAAACUAGGACUUUAUUGACAGAGUCUGAAUGCUGACAGAGAUUGGCUAAAACGCCGGUGUCAUUUGCAGAAGGAAGGCCACAGUGAUAGUGUGGCAAACGUUUGAUGGUUUAUCAGAAUAAAAUGUUAAUUGAGCAGAUGGCAAUUAAGCUAAUGUAAUCACAGUGUGAUUUGCCCCAGUGCCGUCUGUUAAGACCGACCACUCUGUUCAGAUUCCACCAGCAUCUACAGAGUGAUCCUCAAAAUGUGAUAAAGCCAAAGACGUCUGUUAUGUAGCACAAACGUUUUUUUAUUAUGGUGGGACAGACACAUAAUGUGUUUUUCAAUUAAACACACACAGUAUCUCAGUGAGUGAAAUUAUCCUUGUCUGAGGUUACGUUCAGAUCACUGGCCUUGAACAUGAAUGUUACGUUUUUAAACGGCCAAAGUGCCUGUCAUGUUAUUUAAAAGGUCAUGUUAGUGUUGAAUCAAGAUUUGUUUGGAGAGAUGUGACGAUGGGUGUGCAACUUAUUUUUCCUUUCUUUUUUUUUUGUGACAUAAGCUAGUGUGAGUUCAGUUUUGUUUGUUGUCACGAUAACUAAAACUGUUGAUCUUCUGUCUGUUGUGCCUUGUUGAUAAACCUGCUAUCAGUAAAACGCCAAAUUACCAAAGUCACCCUGUCCCACGAGAGGAGGGAGAGGGACUCGGUUUGAGUUUACGACAAAAGCCACAUGGAUCAUACUUUUUGCCAGUCUGAUGUUUAUGACAUCGUUAUCUGUAGGACUUGCCAGCAGGAAAAAUUGGACAGAUUUAAUGGGCUUUUGAUAUUUGAAGUGUCAGCGGGCACUGCAGAACUCUGAGGGUCAAAGAUAGACGACAACCGAAACGAUGUGCCAUCGCUCUGCGUCUUGUUUCAUAAUCUGAUGUGGUGUAAGCUUUUGGCUCAGAAGUAAAUAUUUAAUCAAUUCAACUUUCUGUUUUUACCUUUGGCGAGGUUUCUAAAAACAUCUGUGGUUUCUAAAAUGUAUUUUUUGAUUCUUAAGCACAAACAUUCCCAGGAGUGUGAUUAAUUUUCUUCCUCUCUUGUCCACAGGCAGCACUGGUGUCCCAUGUUCGAUGAAUAGUCAUGUUUGUCUCUCAGUGUUAAUUCCUCCUGUUAAAGGCUUUCUACUGUUACGAAUGUGAAGCGCAGUCACUUCCAUGUAUCCUGUUUUUCCAGGUCUGUUGCCUUUACUGUGUUAGAUCCAGCUAUUGUACAGUUAGGGUACAUAUGCGUAGAGUUUUAGAAAUGUUACAUGGCUGUUUUUUGUGUGUUUACGGUGUAGUUUAGUAGAAGAGCAUACACUGCUGUUUCCGGUCUAUUUAAAAUCACCUUUUCAUCGACAUGUCUGAUGCCUGUUCAGUGUUUAAGGUGAUUAUCUUUAGUAAAUUAAUUUCUUUAAUUUAUUUUAACGUAUUUAUAGAGUACUUUGAGUUGUUAAUGCUUGUAUCAAGUUUAAUAUAUUUGGGUUUCUUUGACUUUUUUGUACCUGAAAUAAAGUUUAGUUGUGUUUUUUUAAA